GUUAUAUAUAUAGACCUACGUACAAAGUACCUAACCACAAUUCCACACAUCUCUCUACCUUUGCAAAUUGCAAUCAUAAACCUCAUUAAUUCCAAUUACCACAACCUCAAAUUAAUCUUAACCUUAAUUAACCUCAAACCUUAAUCCAAAAUACUCGAAUAUGUUAGAAAAUAGUGAUACUUUAGGUCAACCCGUUUAUAUGGAGUGUCCUAUUACUGUCUCUUUUGAAGAUUCCAUACAUGAAAUCCAAACAGUAACUAUCAAAAUCUUGAGGAAAGACAGAAGAAAAUCAGUCAAGUCUGGAAAUAAAAUGUGUGGGAAAUUUGGAAUACGUUGUGAUAAAUUGUUGAUACCUCGUUUUGAAGAAGAUGAUCCAUGGGAAAAAAUUCAGUAUUGGUUGGAAUUUAUGGAUGUUGAUCAAACUUGUAUUCAACAUGCUUGUUCUACUAUUCUUAACAUUGCAAGAUCUUCUUACAAAGAGUCUGAUGAGCUAUAUGUGUGAUGAGUAUGAUGAUGAUGAUGCUGAAUAUGAUGAUGAUGAUGAAUAUGUCGAUGAUGUCGAUGAUGCUGAUGAUGCUGAUGAUGAUGAUGAUGAUGAUGACGAUGACGAUGACGACGACGAUGAUGGUGAAGCUGGUGAUUUCAGACUAGAACUAUUGAAUGUCGUGAUUAUGUUUGCUUUAGCUAAUAAUCUUGUAGUAUGGUUACUUAGGUUUAUUUUUUGAAAUACAAUAAUAAGUACUUUUAAUUGAUUUUGUAA